AUGGAAAAGGUUCUGAUGUGCCCACGCCACGUGUGCAUUCUGCAAAUCACAGAUCCGACACGGACAGGCAGCGCGCGUGGUGCUCCCGCGUCCAGGCCACUCAGCUCGAUCCUUGUGACUUGCGCGGGCCUGGCGAUGAGAGGGCGCCCUGCUGCGCGAGUGUCUCCAACUGCAAGGAUCUUGCGGUCCGCUUCCAUCCGACCAGUCCUUCCUCGAGUCCGGACAGCGCAGAAGGAAAGGGUUCCGCAAAAAGAUGCGACGAUUGCGGGGACGGAGCGCCUAUAUGCUGGUCUUCGAGAGUCAACCGUUGUAUCAGGGCAGCCGCAUCCAGACGUGCUUUGCGAGUCGCCAGUGAUGCAGGGAGUUUCUUUGCCAGUACUGCCAUCUGGUUUGCAGUUGGAGCUUCCUUCUCAGGUGGUUGAUGAAGCUUGGCUGUCAAGCCUGCAGCUUGAGUGCGUGACAUAUGCCGUGAAGCGCUUCGAGACCUUUCUUCCCAAUGGUUGCAGAGCUGGGUACUGCUUGGGUGAUGGGACUGGCUGCGGCAAGGGGCGCGUCAUUGCAGCUCUAAUUUGGCACUUGUGGAAUCGGGGCAUUCGCCGCCACGUCUGGGUCUCCAUCUCUGCGGACUUGCUGAAGGAUGCAGCCAGAGAUCUGGAAGACCUGGGUGCAGGCGUUGCAGUGGUCAAUCUCGGGCAGCUAAAAUCCUAUGGGUCUCCAGAGAAGGGCUCUUGCAAGAAGGUGUUGGAGAAGCAUCUUGGAUGUGGCCGUGAUGGUGUGAUUUUCCUUACGUACUCUAUGCUCAUCUCUGCAAAAGGCGGCCACAGCUGGUCUUUGGAUCCCGAGGUGACACGAAUGGGGCAGCUGUUCGAAUGGUUUGGCAAGGGAAAAGGCGAGGGGCUGAUCUGCUUUGACGAGGCGCACAAAGCCAAGAACUUGGCCGAGCAUGUAUUCACCUGCACCAAGACUGGGCGCCGAGUCCUUCAACUACAGAGAGCCUGCAGCAGGGCCAGGGUGCUCUACUCGACGGCGACAGCUGCAACAGAGGUGAAGCACAUGGCCUACAUGGACCGACUCGGUUUGUGGGGACCAGGCUUGCCAUACAGUCAGUUUGCAGAUUUCAAGAAGGCAGUGGAGAGGGGCGGCCUGAGUGGAAUGGAGCUUGUCGCCAUGAGCAUGAAGGCGCAAGGUAUGCUGUCCUGCAAGACCUUGUCCUUUCACAGUGUGGAUUUCUCCGUCAGCAGGGUGAAGCUGCACAAGCAAGCAACGGAGCAAUAUGACGCGGCAGCUGCCUUCUGGCAGCGCCUUUGGCUGGCCUUCAGCACCUACUUGGAUCGUCGAGAGGGCGAUACGAGCUGGAACGGCGGCUGCCCGGCACCAGCACCCCAGCGGCGAAAACGCACCAGCAGGUGGCGGGCCCUGCUGCUGGGUCUGUUUUGGAGCACGCAGCAGCGCUUCUUCAAGCAGCUGCAGGUGGCGGCCAAAGUUCCAACGGCCGUGGGUUUGGCCAAGAAAGCCCUCAAGGAUGGCAACGCCGUGGUUUUCUCCAUGUGGUCCACUGCCGAAGCUCGCACCCGCGAACGGAUGCUGAGCACGAGCAAAGCCGAUGCAAGCAAGGAGGGUUCUGACAGCGAUGAUGCGCUUGAUGUGGAUGGGGAAGGCUUCCUGUCCGGCCCGCGGAUGAUGGUGGAGCACUUUUUGGAGCGGCACAUGACCUACCAUCGGCCAUCAGGCAGCGAGGUCCGAUGGGCAAAGGCGUUGGUGCAACCUUUGCAGAAAGAACUUGCCACUUUGGAUUUGCCACCCAACCCGCUGGACACACUGAUCGAUGAACUAGGAGGGCCCACCAAGGUUGCUGAGAUGACUGGCCGGUCCCACCGACAGGAGCGUGUGGGGAGGAACUUGGAAUAUGUCAAGCGCACGUGCAGCAUGCCGAAAGGAGCCAGCGCCUCGGCCGUGGUGGAUGCAGAACAAGUCAAUUUGCAAGAGCAGUUGGCCUUUCAGACUGGACAGAAGCAGGUUGCUGUGAUCACAGAAGCUGCUUCGGCGGGAAUCUCCUUGCACUCAGACCGAAGGUACAAGCAGAACGGCUAUGUUCCCAAGCCCCGGGUGAUGAUCACAGUUGAGUUGCCAUGGGCCGGCGACAAAGCCAAGCAACAGUUUGGCCGCAUCCAUCGCUCAAACCAGUUGUUUCCACCAAGUUUUCAGCUGGUCAUUACCGAGUUGGCUGGCGAAGUGCGAUUCGUGUCGGCCGUGACCAGGCGCCUCAUUUUGCUCGGCGCGAUGACCAAAGGGGACCGGAGCUCCAGCGAAGCACUUGAUGCCCUGGGGGACUUUGACGUGCACAACCGCCAUGGUGCCUAUGCUCUCGAGGCCUUGUGCGAGUGCUUGCGCUCCGGCAGCUUCCGUGGUUCCGAGGGCGACCUGCUGUGUUUGAAAGGGGCUGGACGGCAGUGGUCCUCCUGGGCAGCCUUUGCCAAAGAUGCCUCCAACAAGCUGAAGGCCAUUGACUUCAAGUUGGGUUUCGCGGAGCGGCGGCAGGCGGGCCAGAGUGCCCUUCAGGAUCCGCGAGCCAUCAGCCGAUUCCUGAACCGACUCUUGAUGCUGGAGGUUCACUUGCAGAAGGCUCUCUUCGAGGCCUUUUUCAUGCUGUACCGCGCGGCGGCGGAAGCUGAUCAGGUGAGCGGGGAGUAUGCAGAUGGAGCCGAGCAGCUUCACCUCCUGCACGGCCGACGUGUGCGCUCGUUGAAGGUCAAGAGCCAAGAGGUUGUGCACAAAGCGGCUGAUACUGGAGCGGCAACCAACUAUGUUCAGGUGCGCAUCGACAGAGGAGUAUCCUGGGAAGAAGCGCAAGAGGCAGCACGUAAGAGCGCCCGUGGGCAUCCGCUGGAAGGAUUCUACCUCUACAGCCCGCCCGGCAAGGCUGGGAAGGAAGCGGUCCUGGUGCUGGCACGCCCUGAAAGCGACCUCUUUGAGAAUGCCCAAGGAUCGAGCGGCAAUUGUGGUUUGCUUGUUCUCCGACCACACCUGGGCCUGUCCAAACGGUUUGCAGGGAAACCAGUGAAUGCUGCCAGUCUUCAACAGUUCAAGAAGUGCAGCACAGCUGCGUCAAAACAUGAGGCGAAGAUGGCCUGGCAGCGGCAAUUCAAUGCAUCGCUGAACAACUGCAUCCAUGGCCAGCGGGGUGCAGAGUGCCCUGAGCCAGGCAAAUGUUGCUUGGGCUCCCGCAUUGCCGAGGAGCACAUCCUCACAGGCAACAUCUUGAGCACGUGGCUUCAGGUGGCCUCAUCAUUGAAUGCCCAGCGCCAAACAAAUGAUGAGGUUGAGCAUUUGGUUCAGCGGCGCAUGCCCAUGGUCCGGGCGGUGACUGACGAGCACGAGGUGAUUGUCGGAGUGGCGGUGCAGUCGGAUGCUGUGGAGGAGGUGAAGUAUGUGCUGCAGGCCUUGAAGGCAUUUCCGACGGCUUCCAAAGUACGCUCAAACAAAGCGGAUGCUGAUGACGACGAGCAACUAAGCCAAGCAGCCCACGACAAGAAAAACCUGAUUGCUGAUCAAAAGCGAUGCCAUAAAUUUUGUCAGCAGAUCCUCUCAGAUCUCAGUUCUGCAUCGUCACGUGCCUGGGGGACUUGGUGCCAUGUGCAUCAUUUUUUGGUCAAAUCCGGCAAAGCCAGUAAUGCACCAGAGGACCUGCGCGCAGUUCAGCAUGCAGUGGGCUGGCUGGAGCGGGCCGGUGCGAUACAGGUUGAUCGCAAGAGCCGCAAGACAACACUGACAGGACUUUGCAAGGACAGCAGCCCCACACCAAAUGCCUGGAGCGCUGCCAUGUUGGGAGAGGAACCCGCUGAUGGUGCGGACAUGCUGAAGUCUUGGCACGCCGUACUGGACCUGGCCAGCGGGGGCACGUCCAAGGAAGCCGUUGGGCUGGCCCGCAUCAUUGCAAGGAACGCACAGCUUCCGCAGGCAAGGCUGCCGAAUGACACCGCCAAAGAGAGGGCCAAAAAACGGCGAAAGGAAAAGCUUGCGAGGGCAAGAUCAUCAGAGCCGCCUUUGAAGAAGCAAAAACAGGCUUGA